GAACUAUUCAGCACUGAUGAAGUCUGAAAACAUGCAAACUAACGAGGACGGUUAUGAUUCAGACGACUUCAUGUGAGCUGAAAACUAAAGCAAGAAAUCUGCCAACAGGACUCUCUGCUGCUUUACUUGAUGAACUUCUUCACAGUUGAAAGAUAAAAACAAGAAAUGGACACAUUUGGUUUUGGGACACUUGGAGCAGAAAGUGAAGUGAAGAUGUAGCUUUUCUCCACUCAGCUCUGCUGCUCCACAGGGACAAACUCAAACUAAUUAUUUUUUUACUGUCACAUUAAAGAUGACACAAACUGUU